AUGUAUUUUAUUUAUAAUUAUGGUGAUAUUAAUUGAAUAUGUAUAUAAUUAAUUAAAAAUGACAGAUUUCCUAACCCAAUAAAAUUUAAAAAAUUUUAUUAAUUCUUCCAUAAUAAAUAUCUUGAAUCGUAUCUUGACUAGAUAAGCAAUCAUUGGCUAUUAUCUACAGGAUUUUUAGAGUCUUGAAGAAUUUGGUUGAAAUCUCUAGAAAUCUUAUAACUAAAAUAUUAACCCAACACGUAAGAUAAUCUGCACGUGUGAAGCCAAAACUAGUAACACUCUUAUGAUUGGAACAUGUAGAAUACUUUGCUAAACAGCACGCAACGAAUCAAUUAACAAAAUCAGUACGAAAAAUCGUACCGUGUGCCGCAGGCUUUACAUUUGUCGUACGACAAACUUAUUAAGCGCAUUGAGGGCCGGUUGUUCCAUCUUCCGAUAAAUCUCAGCUUACUUGACAGAUUACUACCUACAGGUUACCAGCAGCCUAAGAGAGAUAUAUCACGAUAAUUACUUCCGGAAACGUGUAUUAGCAACUUCAAGUGGGUGCAUGCUGUACUAUAAUAUAACUUCUCACUGGAUGCAUGUAAUAUCAACAAUCCUAACCGUUAUUAUUUUCUGGCGGAGUGUUAUUACCCAUUCAUAUAAAAUAAUAAUAGAAUUCAAAUGGCCGAACCAAAAAAGAGAGAAAGAGGUUCCAAUUUCUCUAAUAAAGAAAUUGAAUUAUUGGUCCUCAUUAUACAAGAAUUUAAAAAUAUAAUAGAGUGCAAAAAAACAGAUGCUUUAACUUGGCGAGAUAAGGAUGCUACAUGGGAAAAGGUAGCUAAAGCAUUUAACUCUAGUUCUGGCGAAGUAUUCCGAUCUAAAAAAACAUUGAAAGCAAAAUAUGAGGAUAUUAAAAAAAGCAUCAAAAAGAAAUUGGCCCAUAAUAGAAUGGAACAGUUUAAGACUGGUGGAGGUAAACCAGAAAUUCGGCCCUUAACUGGUAUUGAAGAAAGUAUCCUUUCGAUGCUGCCAUCAUCCAUAGAAGGUCUACCAUCUAUAUGGGAUAGUGAUCAAUCAUUAGAAACCUGCAAAGAAAAUGCAACAAUUGCAGAUAUAGAGAUGAAUUCCACGGGAACAAACAACAAUAUACAUGUUGAUAAUAUACAUCUGGAGAUAAAUAGCCCUACAAGAUCACUUGACACAGAAAUAGACAUAGAUUUCUUAAUGAAUAAUGAAAACAAAGAAAAUAAUGGAGAAACUAAAACGUCAGACAAUGAAGAAAAUAAUAGAGGAUGUAAGAAGAAAAGAAAUACUACUGGUGGUAUAACUACUAAGGAAACUGGUGUUUCUAUAUUGAGAAAAACAAUAGCGCCAGAACUACGCACUAAUAAAAGAUUGAAGAAAAUGCAUCAGCAAAUUCCACAUGAAACCUCAGAUCGAGACCAAGACAUGAAAUCUGAAAUUAAAUGAAGAACGACUAAAGGCCGCUACAGUUGAAAAAGAAAUAAGGGUCCUGCAAAAACAGAUAAAGGAAGCUGAAUUAAAAAUAUUGCUCAAAGACAGAUUGAUUCAUAUAUAACCUUUUUUUAUUUAUUAUAUUAAUAUAUAUUACAUAAAAUAGAUGUUAAGGUUAUGCUAUAAUAGUUUAUAACAUGUUACAACAUAAAUAUUUCAUUCCUGA